AACAUUUGAUCCGUAUUUUGUCAUUCGUUUUUUUUCUCUUUUUAUUUGCCAGGUUAUCGCGUGUUGGAACAACAGCAGGAAAAGAGCAGCAAAAAGGGAAGAAAAAAAAGCAACAUCUGUCGCCAUGGAUUUGCGCACCAUCAUGAACAGCGACGCCGCCGGCGCCUCCAACAACAACAAUCCCACGCCAUCGUCGCGCCAGUCGCCGAGUCAGGCUUCAAUCAGCCAUCCCGAGUCAGCCUAUCCUCCCCGCCAGCAACAGCAACCGCAACAUGCAUCCUCCUCGUCCUCCGUCGCCUCCUAUCCGCCAGGCUAUCCCGGACGGCCAGCUCAGCCUCCUCCGUUGCAACCACCCCAUGCCUCUCCAGACCGUUCCUCCUCCUACGGCUCCAUUCAAUCGCCCUAUCGUUAUAAUCCUGCGUCGGGUUUGAAUGCAGGUGCUUCAUCUCAGCGAGGCCAGAGUCCCCCGGCUGCUGUUCCUCCUUCGCACCCUUAUUCGCGCUCCGCGUCAACUAGCUACACUCACGAGCUACAACAUCACCAACCGCAGCAGCAGCAGCAGUCGGCUGGUCCCUUGGCUUCGCCUUAUAAACCGCAGCCGAUAAAUACUAGGAUUCAGCAUCCCGAACAGCAGCAGUCCUACUUUGCGCAGCAGCGUUCGCAAUCCAUACAGGAACCCCCCCCGUCGGCGUCAUCUCACCCCUAUCAGUCGCAGCAAUUCUCACCUUCUGCCCAUGGGUCUUUGCCAGGCACUCCCUUAGGUCCUCCUCCCGCAUCCUACACGCGCCAUUCGCCGUCCACCGCCCGCCCACCGUCCGCCGGUCAUGACUCCCAAUCGAACCAACCAUCCAGUCCCUGGGUUAGGCAUAAUUCCCAGAUACACGAUCAGAGAAACCCGGUGUCUCCAACUGCGCAAUCUCGCAAUAACAGUCAGGUGGAGCAAACCCCGCGACAGCAUCCUUUGGGGUCGGAGAGAGAGCAGAGUGAGAGCGUGAGUCCCAAGACUCUCUUCACUCCGGGCUCUCGCCAAGGGAGCACGACGGGAAGCCAGGAUCAAACGGGCCCUUCUCAGCGCAAUCGCUCCGAGGAUAUGACAUGGAAAGACAGUCCCACGGGAUCUGCGUCUGGCCCUUCGCAAUCCGGGAUUGGCCCCGGCGCCCAAGUCUCUAAUUCCACGCCGACUACUGCGCACAGAAACAGCUCACCGCCUCCCCGAGCAUCUUUAUCGCGUGAAAUUCACCCAGGAGACAAAGAACCGACAUUGUCAACGAUGAUGGACGUCACCCCCGACUCAGCAAGGUCAAGCCCACACCCACCUAAACGGAAAAGGAUGCGGUACGACGAACCCCCAAUCUACGCCCAGAGAUCAUCUCGCACAAAGGGGAAGUGCCCUCCGAUUUUGAACCGACUACCUCCAGUUCCAAAGCAUGCAAGGGACUCCAUUGAAAACCCAUGGACUCUGCGCAAACAAUCAUCUUCGUCAAAUGCUCCCGCGGCAGCCCCAGCCCCAGCACCUUCUGCUCCUGCUCCUGCUCCUGAUCCUGCUCCUGCAACACCCGCGCCCAAGGUCAAAGCCGAAGAAGCCACCACGGUCAACGGACCACCAGUCUCACACUCGCCUGCUGGGCCACCCAAAGAGGGGUCUCUGGGACAAUGGGAGCCUUCUAUCACGGGAUUCAUACCGCAUGAAGAAACCACAAAGUUGGUGUGCGAUUUCCUCUUCCAACACGUGGUUCUACGGAACGAUGUCGGUGCGGGUCCAGCCGGCUCCUCUGCGGUUGGCCAGGGAGCAAUCAUUGAAGUGGAAGCGAAACUGGGACAGCUCAUCGAUAUGGAUCGAGGCGACAGACUUCGUUUGCCAAUAAUGACUGAAAGCGUUUUGAACAAGGAAGGUUCUCGGCUUCGGACCUCGUUCGAAAGCUCAAUGACAUUGGCGCAACACCGAGCAAUGAACAAUUUCCUCAAUGAAACUGUGAAAUCAUCCAUGCCUCAAAACAACCCAGGACGAAUCCCCAUAUCCUACGCACACAAGAAGGAACGAGAUACCUUCUACGAAGUCUCCCCUUCUGAACUCCCCCCCGUCAUCAGGCAGAACCUCAACCCGCGGCACAAGCCCAGAGUACGAGUGACCACAGACCAAAGAACUGGUGAAAUCCUCGCCAAGAUUGUCAAAUGUCGGGUCGCAGAUAUGGACGUGCAUAGCCCUCGCACCUGUGUCGACUGGCGGGUCAGUGUGAAUCUGGAAAUGAGCUAUGAUGGCGAUGUCAGCCACCUCCCCAUCAUCGACACCGCAAAGGGCGGAAGAAGCGGAGAUCGAAAUAAGGACCGUAUGAGCUAUCGUCAUUUGGCCUAUCAGGUUGACCUCACACAGGUUGCUAAAUCAGAAAUCAAAGGUGAUUUCGAACACGAACUCGAGGUUGAAGUCUCCGCGGCCGAGAUCCGUCGUCAAGGCCAACUCGCCAUGACCGGUGAUCCCAAAAAUCAGUAUGAAGACUUGGUCAAGGGCUUUGUGGAUAAUAUCCGCAUAUUGGCGCGAACAGUACCUCCAUAAAUCUUAUAUGUUUUCCUAGGCUUUUUCUAUUUCUUUUUUUUAUCAAUUUCAUUGCCUUUAUUCAAGGCUACAUUUCAGUGAUACUUUUUCUUUUUUCUUUCACCAUUCAUCAUAGAAGGGGAGUUUUUGAAACAUCCGAUCAAGGCCAGAAAAAAAAAAAAAAACAAAAAAAAGAACAAAAAUUGGGAGUGCCUAACUGCAAUUUCGGUCUGGAUUUCUUCUUUUACAUCUUACGUUGGCAUUGGUAUCUUUUUCUUGAGUCGACUUCUCACCCAGGUCUUUUUUUUUUUUUUUUUCCAUCAUUG